GUGUUUCAUCUCCAUGGCUGUGCAUGUUUCUACUUCCCUGCCACUGAGUCAAACAGGCCUGCGAUGCCCCACCCUGAUGUCCCCAGUGUGACCACCUGAAUUAUAAGUGUGACCUGCAGCAGAAACCUGAGAAAUGUGGCGUCUGUGUGUGGCUUUCCAAUCCAGCGCGUCGCUGAGAUUAUUUUCAUGUGGUUUCAAUACGCUUCUGCGGCGCAUGGGCGGGACCCUGCCCUUACUUAUUUUGGACGGUGAUGUACUUUGGUAUUUUCUGGCCCGGCAAAGAAGGCUCUGUUCUGCCGAGAGGAAAUGGGCGUGCACCUUGGAAAUUUGGAUGGAGCGACUGCGAAAAUAAAGGGGGGUGGCUAGAGUAGAAAGGAGGACCACCUAGGGGCACAAUGUUCCAGAGUGGAGAGGCUGGUCCAGAGGAAGAAGUAUCUCAGAGAAAAUCUGGAAAACAUGGCCUACCUGCUGAUGUUUGUGACCCUGCUGCAUCUCAUCACACUGGCGAUGCUGUUCAUCGCCACCAUGGAGAAGUCCUGGUGGGUGUGGGACGGGACAGAGAACUCGGACCUCUGGUACAACUGUCGUUUUGAUAACCUCACAGGGACGUGGCUGUGUGCGUCCUCCAAGGAAACUGAGUGGCUGCAGGCCGUUCAAGUUCUGAUGGUCCUCUCGGUGGUCUUCUCCUCCGUGUCCUUCCUCGUCUUCCUUGGUCAGUUGUUCACCAUGUCUAAAGGAGGACUCUUCUACUUCACAGGGCUUUGCCAGGUCUUUGCAGGCCUCACGGCCUUCUCUGCAGCACUCAUCUACACUCUACACAACAAGGAAAUCCUGCAGGACUCCAGAGAGCUCACCUCUGGACACUUUGGCUACUGUGUCAUCCUGACCUGGGUGUGUGUCCCGCUGUUGCUGUGCAGCGGGUUCAUUUACGUCCACCUUCGGAAGAAAGAGUGACGACGGCAAAGUGACGGAAUUCACCAGGAAGUACCCUUCAUUUAAGUGCUGUCCCAUGCAUGUGUUUCAACUUUGGCUACUUUAGAUUUAGAGUUUAUAUUUUUGUAUGGAAAGCUGAUCUAGUUUUGUAGGAAAGGUCAUUUAAUCUGCUCUAAUGAUGUAUAUAUUUCUCAAUCCUCGCUCAAUAAAUCAGAA